AUGGGACGAAAGGGAACCAUAGAUCCCUCUGCGACGUUUCCUCGAGGAAGACAGAGACAUCUGGUGUCGCGAACCUCGCGUCACAGAUCAUGCGAAAAACCGCUUUUGUCGCAGCGGCGUGGUUCCGCUCGACUUCGCGUGUCGCAGCCGCCGUCGCUCAAACUGGAGCGCUUCGUGAGACGAGUGCCGCGUCCUGGUUUCCGCGACGCUCACUCGGCGACCUCGACUUGCGACAGACGACUGCACCCUCACACACGCCCUCAGUGCGGCAGAGGUUUCCGACCUGCGACGCGUGCCAUCCUCCCCAAACGACCAGCGCCGCUCUUCGUCUGCAGAGUUCGUAAAGCCUGA